UGGUUCUUUUGUAGGUAAAAGCUCUAAACAUAUUUAAAUUUAAAAUGAAUAUAUUAAAUGCCAAUAGUUUAACUAAAUUCAUUCAAUAAUCCCUUUUCCAUUAAAAACUGAGCUGCAGAUUGAGGCAGCAUUUAAAAAAGAGGGUUUUCGUUAAAUCUAAGUAUGUAGACGCGUGGGCGGAGUGGUAAUGCGUGGGCGGAGCUUGAUAGCGCUCUGUCUUCAGCCCUCUAAAUCAACCCUCUGAACCUCAAUACAGUUUAGAUACUCGAGCCAUUAUCACGUUAAAUGUAGUUGUAGUUAAUAUGACAUCGGUAUAGUGAAGUUUGUUUUUGUAGUUAAAAUAUUUCUUGCAAUAUGGAUAAUGUGAAUGCAAACGUGUGCUCACUUGAUGGUUCCGCGAUGCCGCUCAAUAUUGAUAGGUCACCUGUGUCUGGAAACAAUUCGGAUAUGUUCUUAUAUGAUGAUUCGUCCAUGUCCGACGGCAGUUUAUACGCGAGUGAUCAAGAAAAUCACUCAACACCAAGAAAACGUUCUGAGUGCCGUCGUCUGCACAAGCGUCGUAGCCGAUGUCCCCAACAGCAGAUACAACAACGGCAAGCCGCGAAUCUCCGGGAGCGACGGCGGAUGCAGUCCAUCAACGAUGCGUUCGAAGGCCUCAGAGCUCAUAUACCCACCCUGCCGUAUGAGAAACGUCUGUCUAAAGUGGACACGCUCAAACUGGCCAUUGGAUACAUCAGCUUUCUUGGAGAACUGGUUCGGACGGACAGAAAUUCAUCAGACACAAUGCUGUCGGGCGUAAGCAAUACUCACAAUAAGGAAGAACAAAAGAAAGUCAUCGUGAGAGGUAGCAAUUUCCAAGCACACUCCUUGUCUUGGUCGCGCCGUGGCGAGCGUCCUCCGGGUGCAACACUUCACGCCAAGAUAUGGGUCCCAGAGGACCCCAGAGUUUUUAAUAGUUCUACGAACAUCCUCGAUAAAGAGGAAUUAAGAUAAGCCUGUUCGCUAUUGAUGCGUUGAAAUAAAAUCCUCUUUAUAUUAAAUCACAAUAAUGUUCUCAAAAUAGGUAUCUGGUAUACAGGGUGUAAUCGUUAAGUGUGCACAGGCGAUUACCUAUUUCGUAACUAUUACAGAUAACAAAAAACUUUAAACUGAUAUCGAAAGUAUUUAUUAUUUAUUAUUUUAUUCUUUAUUGAACAUAAUAUACCAACAUAAAUAAGCUAUACUAUAAUUGAAUACAAUGAAAACACAUGUGCCGUACAUACGUACUAAAAGGCGGCCUUAUUGCUCAAAAGCAAUCUCGCACUCACUUCGCAAAUAUAAGGGAAAGAUCAUUUAGAAACUUUAUAUAGAGCUCCUCAUUGUAUUGUACAAUGAGGACGUCACUUCCAAAAUCUGCUAUGAAUACAAAAUGUAUGGGAAAUCAAAUGUAUGGGAGCGUUUAAUGUAACAUUUUUGGAUAUUUCUCUAUUUAUUUUUAAAAAAUUC